AUGGCCACCGCUACCAACAACGGCGCUGUCGACCAGCUCGCCAACGACCUGAGCAACGCCUCUCUCAACGGCGCUGACUCCAAGAACGCUCCCGCCAUCAACACCAACGUUGAGUCUGGCGCCCAGGCCGACAAUGCCGACACCGCUGGCCCUACCCCCAGCUCGGCUGCCCCCCAUCCCCAGGCCUCUGCCUCUCUCUACGUCGGCGAGCUCGACCCCUCCGUCACCGAGGCCAUGCUCUUCGAGCUGUUCUCCCAGAUUGGCUCCGUCGCUUCCAUUCGUGUCUGCCGUGAUGCGGUUACCCGCCGCUCGCUCGGCUACGCGUACGUGAACUACAACACCACCUCCGAUGGUGAGAAGGCUCUCGAGGAGCUCAACUACACUCUCAUCAAGGGCCGCCCCUGCCGCAUCAUGUGGUCUCAGCGUGACCCCGCCCUCCGCAAGACCGGCCAGGGUAACGUCUUCAUCAAGAACCUCGACGUCGCCAUCGACAACAAGGCUCUGCACGACACCUUUGCUGCUUUCGGCAACAUCCUGAGCUGCAAGGUCGCUCAGGACGAGAACGGCAACUCCAAGGGCUACGGAUUCGUCCACUACGAGACUGACGAGGCUGCUUCUCAGGCCAUCAAGCACGUUAACGGCAUGCUGCUCAACGAGAAGAAGGUCUACGUCGGUCACCACAUCCCCAAGAAGGACCGCCAGAGCAAGUUCGAGGAGAUGAAGGCCAACUUCACCAACAUCUACGUCAAGAACAUCCCCAACGAGGUUACUGACGAUGAGUUCCGCGAUCUCUUUACCGCCUUCGGUGAUGUCACCUCUUCCUCGCUCGCCCGCGACCAGGAGGGCAAGAGCCGCGGCUUCGGUUUCGUCAACUUCACCACCCACGAGGCCGCCGCCAAGGCUGUUGACGACCUCAACGGCAAGGACUUCCGCGGACAGGACCUGUACGUUGGCCGGGCCCAGAAGAAGCACGAGCGCGAGGAGGAAUUGCGCAAGUCUUACGAAGCUGCUCGCAUGGAGAAGGCCAACAAGUACCAGGGCGUCAACCUGUACAUCAAGAACCUUGACGACGAGGUCAUGCGCGACAACGCUACCGACUCCGGCAACGAGGACGAGGGUUCCUCCGAGGAGAAGGAGAAGGAGCCCAAGAAUGAGGAGGAAGAGGAGAAGACCGAGGAGGCGAAGUCCGACGACAAGGAGGAUGCCGACAAGAAGUCGGACAAGAAGUCGGACAAGAAGCCCCACGGUAAGAGCAAGGGCUUCGGCUUCGUCUGCUUCAGCAACCCCGACGAUGCCACGAAGGCUGUCGCCGAGAUGAACCAGCGCAUGGUUAACGGCAAGCCCCUCUACGUCGCCCUUGCCCAGCGGAAGGACGUUCGCAAGAGCCAGCUCGAGGCUAGCAUCCAGGCUCGCAACCAGCUCCGCAUGCAACAGGCCGCCGCCGCCGCCGGUAUGCCCCAGCAGUACAUGCAGCCCCCUGUCUUCUACGCCGCCGGCCAGCAGCCCGUCUUCCCCCAGGGUGGUCGCGGUAUGGCUUUCCCCCAGCCCGGUAUGGCCAUGCCUGCUGUUCAGGGCGGCCGCCCCGGUCAGUUCCCUGGCGGCUACCCCCAGCAGGGCGGACGUGGUGGUCUUCCCCAGCAGAUGCCCCCCGUCUACGGCAUCCCCGGCCAGUUCCCUCCCGGCGCUCCCUACCCCCAGCCCGGCAACCCCCAGUUCCUCGCUGCUAUCCAGCAGGUUCAGCAGGCUACCAUGGGCGGCGGCCGCGGCGGUCCCCAGGGCGGUCGUGGCCCCGUUCCCCAGGGUAUGCCCAUGCCCGGUCCCGGUAUGCCUGGCUUCCCUCCCAACGCCCGCCAGGGCGGCAACCAGCCCGGCGCCGGUCGCGGUGCCAACCCCAACGCUCCUCGCAACGCCCCCUUCCCCCAGGGUGGACGCGGAGCUCCCGCCCAGGACCUCAACAGCGGCAGCCUCAUCCAGCAGCAGCUCGCUGCCGCCGGUGGCAACCCCGGCCAGCAGAAGCAGAUUCUCGGUGAGGUUAUCUUCCCCAAGAUCCAGGCCAUCCAGCCCGAGCUCGCCGGCAAGAUCACCGGUAUGCUCCUCGAGAUGGACAAUGCUGAGCUUGUCAACCUUAUCGAGGAUGAGGCUGCUCUCAAGGCCAAGGUCGACGAGGCCCUUGGCGUCUACGAAGAGUACAUCAAGGCCCAGGGUGGCGAGGAGGGCGAGAAGAAGGCCGAGGAGACCAAGGCUUAA